UCCCUUCCCUCUCAUUCCAGAGGAGGGAUGGCGCUGGAAAGCUGAAGAGUGCAGCCGGAGCCUACAGACUCUGACCUACAUUACCACCCUGAAGCCCCUUUAAAAGCCCCCUCUUGAGAGAUCUUUUGCGCUGCUCGGCCUUGGGACCCAACAUCCAGCACAGCAUGAAGCUUUUUGUUGUGCUUUGCCUCGCACUGUUUUGGGUGGCGCUCCAUCAUGGCUCUUGCCAGCAAGCCAAGAGAAGAAAGGAUUCAGGGGAAAAUCGAAUCAGACCGGGAGGGAAACGGGGGAAGAUGCGUCACCCCAAACUGAAGGAGGUAGGAGGGAGAGGUCACAGCCUCCUGACACAGGUAUUGGAAAAAGGCCGUUUCCUGCGUCUGGGCCAGAGCACCAUUCUGGCCCCCGGGAAUGACAUAGAGCUGCGCUGCAAAGGCUCCAACAUCGGGUGGUCUUAUCCCACAUACCUGGACACCUUCAACGACUCUCGGCUCAGCAUUAUACAGAGCGACAAGUACAGUCAGCUCAUCCUGACCUCGCCCUCAGCUGCUGACACUGGACAGUACAGUUGCUGGGUGAUCGUGUGUGAUGGUGGUGAGUGCGAAAAGGACCAUGAACGUGUGUAUGCCUCCCACAUCUAUUUUGCAGACAAGGACAACCUCUUUGUCCCAUCGGACAUCCACUUCCAGAUUGUGUACCUGCGCCCAGACAAGCCGGCCGUGGUACCGUGUCGCGUGACCACUCCGCAGGCCAAGGUGUCGCUGCACAGAGAAGUGCCGCCUGAGGAGAUCCCAACCAAUGAGACCUUGGUGAACUAUGACCCCGCCAAGGGUUUUGUCCUGCAGACACCUGACCACGAGUAUCAGGGGGUGUUCUACUGCAAGGCUGUAGGCAAAGGAACACCGCAGAUCUCCACCAAAUACCAGCUGCUCUAUGUAGAGGUCCCCAGCAGUCCACCAUUCGUGAGCCUGAAGGCUUCUUCUGAGCAGGCGAGCGGCGGCGACAAUGUCAACGUGACCUGCAGUGUGAUAGGGGAGCCGGACGUCGACGUAAGCUUCACCUGGUCUUUUCCCGGGCAGGGCCAGCGUCCCGUUCACACCCAAACCUCAUGGAGGCUCGUCAAUCGAGGGCGGGGUCAAACGACACGUAUCACACAAAGCGUUCUCAGCGUUGACGACAUGGAGACCAUUGAUUUUGGAAAGUACAUCUGCAAAGCCAAGAACCAGCAUGGCGAGACACUUGUCAUGACUAGCAUCAUGUCCAAAUAGCUUUUCUCUUUAAAGGGAAAGUCAACACCCAAAUUUUCUUUGUAAUAUGUUCUCUCCAACUGAUUGAAUCACAUUAUUUUGAUAAAUGUUUCGUUUGUGGAAUCUGAAUAAACACCAGUUUUCUGAAGCUGA